AUGCCGACAUCUUCUCGUCACUCCGGCAGCAGACAUUCCAAUACUAGUGGCUCCCGUGGCAGAGGUGCGCCUGCUGAUGGUUCAUAUGUCGCGGGCACAUACCCUGCUGAUACGCCGGCUGAAGAUGCACCGGCUGGAGAUGCACCAACGGGGCGUGGAUACUUCGGUGUUAUUGACCAUUCUGGUGUAUACACUGUCAGGGGUGCACACGGUUCCACAUACUCCGAUGCUGCAUACUCUAGCGGUACAGAUCUAGGGGAUGCAUCAUACGGUGAUGCAUCCUCUUGGGGUGCAUUUUCUGGCGCUACAUAUCUUCACAGCACACCAUCGAUUGCUGCAUUCUCUGAUGCUGCAAAUCUCGGCGGCUUACGAUAUAAUGCUGCAAACGCAUUCUCUGGCGGUGUGAAUCUUGGCAGCACACCAUUGGGAGCUACAUCCUCUAACGCUACAAAUGUCAGCGGUACAUCAUCUGGUGAUGCAUACUCGGGUAAUGUAUUCCCUGGUGGUGGGGGCGGAUCUUUUGCAGUUGAGUCGUCUGGUGUUGCAUCGUCUGAUGUUCCGCUGUCUGGUGGUGUGUCUUCUGUCGACACACCCUCUAGUGUUAUUCCCUCUGAUGACAGACGUUCUGGCCGUGUAUCGUCCGGUAGUGCACGUACUGUUUACGUGUCUUAUGAUGGCAAACAUAAAAAUUUCCCUGAUAGUGGCGGCGGCGGCGGGUGGAAUAAGUACCGCUGCAAGUUUCAUGAUGACUUUAAUUGUCCGCGGUGGGUAUAUUGCAAUGGCACUGCCUGCGCGUCAUGCUGUGCUAUGGGCAGGGAUGGAUGA